AAAGCACAGCUCCCAGUGACUCCACCUGGUCUCCCUGGCCACUCUCAAUUCAUCUGGAUUCCUGAAGCCUCUGCACAUGUAAUCCCUGGAGCUGCUGUGUUACUAAAAUGCCACCAUCUUCAUCUUCAUUUACCUGGGAUAACCUUUUAGAUUCUCUCUCUCUGAACACAAUAUGGAAUUGGAUACAAGCAGUUUUUCCUGGAGAUGCGGGUUCGCCUCAGACAGAUAAUUUGGGGAUACUGGAUAAUCUUGCUCCGGCAGUGCAAGUUAUCCUGGGAAUUUGCUUUUUGGCUUUGUUGGCAAUAGGAUUGUAUUCCUUAUGGAAACGAAGUGUUCGAUCAAUUCAGAAAGUACUGCUGUUUGUUAUCACACUCUACCAACUCUACAAGAAGGGGUCCGAUUUUUUCCAGGCUUUGUUAGCCAAUCCUGAAGGGAAUGCUCAACUUAAAGAAAACAGUAACUUCUUCCUAUCAUUGGGUCUUCAAGAGAAAAUUUUGAAAAAACUACAGACGGUGGAAAGCAAAGUGAAAGACCUAGAGGGGAUGAUCAUUGCCCAAAAGCCUGCCAUGAAGAGGGAGUGCUCUGCUGGGCCCUACUGCAGCUGCUCUGACUGCCAGAGUCCUUUGUUUACCUCAGGGUUUACGUCUGCAUCUGAGAUGUGAUUAGCUCCAAUCUUCCAGAAAUCAUUGUUUCCCCUCUGUGUGCCGUGGUAUACCAGUAAAGAUAGAGAACUAUA